UGGUCAACCUUAUACCCAUCACCCUCGGACCAAUAGUCAUGGGGUCCCACCUCAUUAUGGUGAUGAGGUUUGCCGGUUUUACUUUGUUUACCUCAAAAAACAAUGUGCGUAGAAAGUGCCUGAUGAGUAGCCCAUAUCCAUACCUUUCUGACCUUUCAAAGACUUCCACCACAGAAUGUUUAACCAAAACUAUGGUACAUUUGGAUUACUGGACAGACUACAUGGCACGGACAAGUUGUUUCGUCAGAGUAAGGAAUUUGAGAGACACAGGAUCCUGCUGGGGUUGACAUCUGCCUCUCAACUUGUACCUGACUCACAUUGAAAGACACUGAUAGUUAACAUGUAACUGUUGCACCACUGAGACAAUCAUUUGUGAGCCUAUCCUAUAUCGUUGUGUUAGCUAGUGAGCUCCUCUGCUUUAAGUUGGGCAAUCAGUAAUUUUGGGCAAUCUGUAAUUU